AUGACUGCUGACCGACAGGAUGUAUUUGAAGGAGCUAAAUGGAAGAAAACUCUGGCUAAAUGGUGGAGGAGGGGGAGGGAGAGAGCCUUCUCGCGUGGCACCUGCGUGGGGCGCGUCCCGCUCCCUAUUUACUCCGAGGAAGGGCCGAGCCUCGCUCUGUGGAAAUUACAGAGCUCUGUGGUUUCAAACAGACAACACGGAAAGCUGACAGAGAUUGAUAAAGAUUUGAAUGUCCAGAAUCUGCUAGAACUGUCUACAUGUCUUCCAGUACCUAAAUCAGAUAAGACGGAAAACAGCGAUUGUAUUAACCCGUGUUUUGGAAGGGAAGUUGCAGUAUAUCGGGAUGCUGUCUCGUCUCCUCUUAAAGAUGUCAAAUGUCCACAGUGUUUGGAUAUAAAAGUAGUUGCGGAAAAAGUGGAAAAUAACACAUUGGCAGUGUGCCAAGAUGCAAAACGUACGUGGCUUGCUAAGCAUUGUGACUUGCCAAGUAGCAUAGAAAGGUUUCCAAUAGUUAGAUUGCUUGACUGCUGUUACAUUAAGUCAUUGUUAAAUCCUGCUGGUGCCAAGAGCAUUCAAAGCUGUAAAGUUCAUUCUGGAUCCUUACAUGUUGCAUCUAGUCAAGGAAAAGUUCUGCCUUCAGGUAGAGAUAUGAGACAGAAUGAUUUGAGCAACAGCCCUAACUUACUGCAAACUGGAAGAUUUCUGCCAGAAGAAAGUAUAUUGGUGGGAAAAGAAAUGUGCCAAAAUAGUAACAGGUCAUCAAGAUGUCAAAAUGGAAAACCGUUUGGGGAAAGGAAGCAGUGUGUAGAUUUUGAACGGCCAAGCAAAAAGAUAAAAAUGCAAAGAAACUUAGAAAAAUUAGCCAUCCAGAAAGUUCUUACAAACGUGAACAUGCAUAGUGAAUGUGGAUUACAAAUGGAGGAUAAACUUGACACAAAAACAUUUGGGGGGAAAUUAAACUAUAAUGAAACAACUUGCUUAUCUUCACUUGAACAUAGAACUGAUUUCCUUUUGGAACAGCCUACUCAAAAACCUCAGAAUCAACUUGUUAGUUUGUCUUGUAAUGAAAAAGUUAGCGAAGCACAGGCAAUCACCUGUGAUUCCAGUGACAUUGAGAAAUCUCUGGUUCUCAGAAAUCAACAGAAUGUUCCUGAAAUAAAGGACAUGGAACCACAAAUUAACAUUGACAAAAACAAGAAGUAUGACGUUUCCUCUGUGAAUGUGCUGGACAGUGAAAAAAUGGUUAGUAGCAACAGUAGUAUUGGUUGUAGUAUAAAAGCAAAAAGGAUAUGCAAAGAUAGAACAAGAUGUAAAGCUAAGAAAAACUUGCAGGCAUAUAGUUGUCAAAGAGUAGUCCCAGUUUCUGGUAAAAAUGUUUGGCCCCGUGAAUCAUGUGCCAGGACCUCUGUGUGGAUUCAUAAAAAUCGCACAUGUGACUUGGAAAUAACAUUACGAAGUACUGAUUUAUUACUUCACUCUGGGCAAGAGGAAUUGCAUAUGCCAUUGAUAGAUACUACCAAAACUUUGGCAGACAUGGCAAUGGAUCAUAAAGCAGAACUACCUGUAGAAAGCUGUACUUCAGGACCUGUAUUUCAUGUAGACAAGACUUUCUCAGCUAUUGAGAAUGAGAGUAGAUUUUCUUCUGUGGAUAAACCUAAUCGGUGCCCACCUGAGGCUAAAACAAGAAAAAAACUGAAAGUGUCUUUGGAUUCUUUAGCUAAAGAUGUUAAAAACAAGAGAAGUAUAUCUAAGAGAAAUAAUUCCAUAGGUGUACAGAAUAGUGGAUUUUCUAAUGGAAAAAGCAAAACGAAGGAGCAGAAGACAUCCAUUACUAAACAAGAACUAUUACUGCAAACAGUUUCAAGAAAUUUAUCAGACUUCAAAAUUCCUUUACUCAAGAAUAAAAAUGAAUAUGGAAAAUCAGACUACUGUAGAUCAUCAGCAAGAAAUACUUGUUGUCUUUUGGACAUUUUAGAAGAUGCUACUAUUUCUAGGAACAAAACCGGAGCUGAACAGACUUCAUCUGAUGAAAGUUAUAAAUUCCACUUCCAGUCUGAGCAUAUGAAUGUUUCUAUAUCAAAGGAACAUGCAAACCAAUUUGACAGUAAUUAUCCUGAAUGUCUUUAUAAAGAAAAUAAUGAACACAUGGAGACUUCCAAUGAGAGUGAGCUUAAAACAUCAACUUUGGAUAAUAAUUUUCACUCUUGCAGUACUGACUUUAAAGAAAUGCUAAUUCGAGAAAAUAAAGAUGAGAGUAAUAGCAAUAACUUGGCACAAGUCAAAGUCAGUCAUGGAGAUAUAAUUCAGGCUUAUGAUGAUGAUGUUCUUGUGAUUGAUGUAAUUCAGGAUGAUCCUGAUCUAUUUGGAGAUAUUGGUGAACAAGAAACUGCAUAUACAAAGGAUAAUUGUACCAAAACCAACUUUAACACCAACAUUUUCUCAGAACAAAGGCUCAAGUCAGAACCAGAAUCCCCUCAACUUCUAGAAUACAGAUACCUGAAAAUAGGUUCUAGAGAGAGUCCUGUUCAGGAUUAUGAAAGAUUGGAGUCAAUUGCUGAUCUAUCAGCAGAAGUUGAUGAAGUUAAAUCAGAGUCAGCAAGUGAAAUCAGUUCCAUAGAAGGUGUAACAGUCCCAGCUUUUGAAGGUGUACAGCUGACUGUAUUAGAUGAUGUUACAAGGAGUUGUAUUACAGAUGCCAAGUACAAAUUUCCAGAGAAAAUGCUUGCUGUAAAAGAAGAAAAAGCAAACAUUUGGAACAUUGCAAAAAUUGAAAAUACCCAGGAUUUUGAACCUGUGAGCCAUGACCAUCACCUGGAAUUGCCACUCCCUACUGUGAAAGCAGCGGAACCCCAGUGGCACAACAAAGCAGUGGAACCAUGGAUGAAUGACUUUGAAUUCUCAAGAAAAGAUUCUCUUUUGCCUACAUCAUAUCCUAACAGUCAGGAUUCUUGGAAGAUAGACAAAAAUGGAAUGCAGAUGGAGAGUAUCCUUGUCCCUCCCCCUUGGUUGCCAGUGUUCACAUGUGGGAGCUACAGAAGAAAGACUAAUUUAGGAUUGCUGCAUGUACCUCAUCGAUGUUGCAGAUACCAUUUCAAUACGUUGAAAGGUUGUGAGAGAGCAAACUGCAAGUUUCAUCAUGUUCCUCCGCCAGGAGAUGAAGAGUUUUGCAGUGACGUACUUAAAAAAUAUUUAAGUAUUGGUGAAGUAGUUCUGCUUCAGCGUGCAGUUCAGAUAUUUACAGAUUACUGCAAAAGGAGUAUUCCUAGGUUAUAUUUGGAUUCACAAAUUUUCAAAGACCUGCUUGCUUCUUUGCUCCAGUCCUGUUUGCUGAAAGAAUUGUUUCUUGUAGUCAAUACUGGCAUAAUUAUUAAAAUACUGCCAUCAGUACAGUUUCUUCUCAAAGUUUUUGAACAAGUGGCUUCCAUGAAAUUAAAAGACACAGUGCCUGAUUUAACUGACAUGUCAUGUAAGCUUUUUGAUGCUGGACUGGCCCUUGAAUAUGAACAUAUUUGCUGUAUUACAAAGUUUCUCAAUCAAUUACAAGUUUCUAAUCAUGAAAUAACCACUUUUGUGUCCAGAUUUCAGGAAAGACAUUUCAAAAAGGCCAGUCUUUGUGACUUCGAUUCAGCUGUAGCAGAAUUUCAGCACUGUAAAGAAAAGGGUGACUGGGCUAAAUUGGGAACUUUGUACGUUAAUGUGAGGAGAGGAUGUGGGGACGUGAAUGAAAAGUACUCAGUGUCCAUUGCUAACAUCUUAACCAGUGUCCUAAAGGAGAAGCUAAGGAUUCCUUUUUGUGAAUUUGCAGCUGCAGUGAAUGCUGAUGCAAAUCAUAAUGAAGCAGACAAGCAUUUGCUGGGAAGGAUUGGAAUAAGUGUUAUGUUUUCAUAUUACAAGAAGCAGCAGUGGUCAAAGGCCAAGAAGAUUCUGGAUGCACUUCAUGCUUUACAGAUACCCUUCACAGUUUUGAAAGGACUUCUUGGUUAUGAGAGAUUGGCAUCAAGAUGCUCUAUUAUUAAUGUUGCUGUGGAAAUCUUUCUCAAAUGUGAGUGCAUAGAUGGUGCAAUGUGGGUGCUAAAAGAGUCAGACUGGGUAAUAAAUACACUAUCAUGGCCUUGUGAUAGAAUGGAUGUCCUUACUCGACAUAACUUGUUAUGUACAAUGGCAUCUGAAUACAUUACGAAGUCACAAUAUGGAAAAGCAUUCGAAGUCUUGAAAAAUCUACCAGGCUUUCAGAAUUCUUGUGAUACUCUGGAUGUAUCGCAAUACAACAUUUUGUUUAAUAAGCUAUUUGGUGCUUGCCUAGAAAACAAGCACCUUGAAAUAUCAUCGGCUAUUGUAGACUUCAUGUUUACAAAGAUCAUACCUGUUGAAUUUAAUUUACUUAGAGAAUUAAUCACGACACUGGGAAGAAACUGCUUGUGGCUUAAAGCCAGGACACAUUACAAAAGCGCUUUAGGAUUGGGCUGCUACCCACCACUGGAGGGAAAUCUUUACCGUAAACUUCUCCUGAUUCCAUCUUACAUGACUGAGGUUGAGAUGCUGCUAGCAAUUGAAAUUUUCUUGGUUGCAAAUGCUAGCAGUAUUCAGAGCCUGGGUGCUUCCAGUCAGUUACUUCAAAUAGUACUAAAAAGAUGUGAAGCCAACAAUGUACAUAAAGAAGAUGACUACCAAAGUGCAAUCAGUAGGCUGAUGAAAGCUGCUUGCAUAUCUACACCAAAGCUUUCCUUAAAAUACUUGACUGUAAAUAUUAGGAAGGAGGAGGUUUACAGUUUGCAAUAUGCUUCUGUUCUUAGUUGGUUAAAAGAGAACAUGAAAUGGGCAGGAAAAGUCUGGCUUUUUUAGUCACCUUGUUUAGAUUUCAGUUCAUAAUAAUCAUUGUUAAAAACGAGAAUUCAAUAAAGAUUUUUUCUGUUGUGUUCA